AUGACUCUGUGGAAUGGUGUGCUGCCGUUCUACCCCCAGUCUCCUCAUGCGGCCGGCUUCUGCGUGCCUCUGCUCAUAGUCAUUGUGGUCUUCUUGGCCUUUGCUGGCAGCUUCCUGCUCAUCUUGCCUGGGAUCCGCGGUCACUCGCGCUGGUUCUGGUUGGUGAGAGUUCUUCUCAGUCUGUUCAUAGGCGGAGAAAUUGUGGCUGUGCACUUCAGCGGAGAAUGGUUCGUGGGUGGAGUGUUCACCAACACAUCCUACAAAGCCUUCAGCACGGAGCAAGUGCAAGGCCACGUGGGUCUGCACGUGGGCCUGGUGGGUGUCAAUAUCACGCUCAAAGGGACUCCCGUGAAGCAGCUGAAUGAGACCAUUGACUACAACGAGCAGUUCACCUGGCGUCUGGACGAGGACUACACCAAGGAGUACGUGGACGCGCUGCAGAAGGGACUGCCGGACCCGGUGCUGUACCUAGCGGAGAAGUUCACGCCGAGCAGCCCUUGCGGCCUGUACCAAAAGUACCACCUGGCGGGCCACUACGCCUCGGCCACGCUGUGGGUGGCCUUCUGCUUCUGGGUCAUCACCAACGCGCUGCUCUCCAUGCCGGCCCCGCUCUACGGCGGCCUGGGGCUCCUGGUCACUGGCGCCUUCGUCCUCUUCUCCAUCUUCGCCUUCGCCUCCAUCUCCACCGUGCCGGUCUGCCCGCUCCGCCUCGGCUCCUCGGCAUUCGUCACGUACUACGGCGCCGCCUUUUGGGUCACGCUGGCAACAGGCAUCCUGUGCCUGCUGCUCGGAGGGGCAGUGGUGUGUGCCCACUACGCUGCACCCAGCGCUCUCCGCACCUUUCUGGACCUCCGCGACCUCGACUACAGCGGCCCGGAGAAAGAAGGCGGCGCGCCCCUCUUCCUCAGCAACGCGCUGGACAAGCAGUUCCAGCCCCCGGACUUCAGCAUCACCACAAACCUGUGA